AUGUCUCAGCUUUCCUGUUCAUUUGCGAUCUUCUGUGGAACGGAAUGCGAUUUCUCUUCGCGAUGGCCCGGACGGCAACAACUUAUACCACUAAAUUCGUGUGCCGAUGUCAUAAAGGAACAUCUUAGAGAUGUAGAUGUAUCUCAAUCGUGCGUUGGAUCCGAGAAAAAGCUUAUUUUAGCUCGCGUUGGUUUGUUCGAAGAUGAUGACGGCCGCGAUUUCACGAUCUGCCCCAAACAUCGCGCAGUCCUUGGAGUAAGAUUCCGACCAUCAAAAAAAUGCCAGCAUCCUCUUCACGGCAAUCGAAAGGGCAAAGGUGACAGAGGAGUCAAUCUGAAGACGGCAAAAGAAAUCAAGGAAAAGUGGAACACUGUAGUUCCAGUCGGUGCAGGUAAUUAAAAAGAUUUUAUUUUGCAUAGGGUGUUGUUACUGACUUGCUUACUUCCUAUGCGCACGGCAACUGAUAUGAAAGGCGGAGAGACAAACAUACUCAAUUGGACCGUGUGAAACCGAAACGCAUAGAUCACGCGUGGAAGGGGAGGAUAGGCAAGGAAGGCCCUCCCACGAGGCUUUGGGCAACGUGGGUUAGUCAGACCCGUCCCCAGUCGUCUCUCAUUGAACCUCUCCCUACUAGCAUAGGCGCGCUAGUUUGAUGGGUAUGAUGUGUCUUGCGAAGUCGACUGGGGACGAGUUAGACCGAGACAACUUCGAAGGUGCUAAGCAACCUACCAAGCUAAUAUUGUUACUUCAGCUGUGUUUUUUUUACCUAUAUGCUGUUAAUUUACUAUCCAUUUUGAAAAUUCUGCUAUAAGACUUUUAAAAGUGUGUGAAAAUGAAAUUCGUGUCAUCGCAGGCGCCAAUAGCUUACUCAUCAGUACCAAGGAAUUUGUGUUACCACGUUUGCGAGUGCGAUUUCAAGAUGAGAUUUUGAGCGAGGUAGGAUUGAUGUGCCUCUUAAAUAUGUUUGAAUUAAUAAAUUUUAAAACUCCAAAAAAGAACUCAUAAUAUAUUUAAUAAUGAGGUUAUCAUAUUUUGUUCUACUUAAUUUUUUACGUAAUUCGACUGCGUGGUUUAUAUGUUCAUGUAAAAGAGUAAUUAUAACCGCGUCGUUCCACUCACUCGCGGUUGCAUAUUUUGUGGAUAUUGUAGUAAAUUAUUACGGCAAUGGUGGGCGACGAAAGGGGUAACAUUAUUUCCCGUUCCCUACCCUGUACUCGUUCUCGUCACCCCCCCAACUCGUACUUCAUGCUCGUCUCCUAGCAACCUGCAGUUAACGUCCGCGCUCCGCAUAACUGCACUUAGCCUUGUAAAGCCUAUGGAAGAGGCAGAAGCAAUUCUGACAUCGAAUGGCAUGUAUUUCUAAUUAUUUAGGAGCACUUUCGAUGCAUAGGUUCCUACCUCGCUAAAAAAACUGUUCCUUUUAUUAUAGCAAAGCGAUCCGAAUUCAGAUAUCUUCUCAUCGUCCUCCCAAGGCUCGUUGGUAGAGGAAGAGACGUCAAGAGAGUGGCAACCAACACCCCAAGUUGAGCAUCAGUUGCAGCACCUCAACAGUUAUCUCCUUAAGUCAACUGAUGGCCGAAUCAGUCCAGUCAGGUCGCAAUGCAGGUCUGAUGUUGUGACUAUGUCGUCAUCGACGCGGCGCUAUUAUGGCAAAAAAGCAGAGCAAAUUGUUGAUUCCGUGUUGGACGCUAUUGCACCGGGUAAUUCAUCAUGGCUCCUUCAACAGGUGAUUGCAAGGAACCAAAGCGGGCGUACUGUAUCUGGUGCUGCCGAGGAAGACAACCUGGUCUCUAGACUAGUAACGCUGUAUAAUGAAGCUAGAUCCUGGAACACCCAACAACAGAUUCUCUCCCUCUUUGCUGGUGAUUACAGCAAGACAGAACUGCUGCAGCUUGUGCCAGGACUGACAAAGUUUAGGAUUGAUGAGGCCAGAAAACAUGCUUUUCAGACCAAGCCUGGAGAGCCUAUAGAGCCGCCAACCAUUACCAGAACAAGGCUGGAUCCCACUAAAGUCGACCAUUUCGUAGAUUUUGUAUCCAGUCCUUCAUUUCUUCAAGACGUUGCAUAUGGAACGAAAACUCUAAAGCUGUCAAGCGGAGAGAAAAUUGACAUACCAAACGUGGUGAGAACAGUCAUUUCGUCCCGUCUCAUCCAGCUGUAUCAAGCCUAUUGUACAGAAUCCGGCUUCACACCCCUUGGAAGGUCAACACUUUUCAAUAUCCUUAAGGUAUAGAUGGAUAUAAGGCCAUGUGUUAGACGACAAUUUUGGUUUUAAUGCACGCAAGUUAUUCCGUACUGUCUUAAGCUUAGUGUGUGGGAAAGUGUGUGUGUAUGUGUGAGUGGAGAAUGUCAGCACAAGCUGCAGAUUUUGCUUGGUAUGACAAGAGGAUUUUUACCCUCUUAUUUAAGCAGUACAUAAUUGACUACAAUAUAGUUUUAUACUUCAGGUGUGCUCUGCUUCUCAGAAGAAGUCCUUGGUGGGUUUGGACAGCAUGCAAACGGACGAUGUAACUGCAAUUUCAUCUCUUGAAGUAGUAACUAGCAUACUACAGAAAAACGGUAAGACGGAAAAUUAGGUUAAGUCUAGCCUUUUGCCUUAUUUCCUUCAAUAUGGGACGCAACGUGUUGGUGUUUUUGUGCUUGGUGGGUGGGCGCACUCAUUUGAAGUGAGCUUUUUUGAGAGGGGCGUAUGAGAAAGUUCAGAGGAAAGGGAAACAAAAAAAAAAUGAGUAAGUCGUCAAUUGCAGGAACCCUUUUUAUGUUUUAAGGUUAAUUUUCUAGUAUACACUUUUCUUCCAAACCACUGAGCAUUUCUUUCCUGAGUGCACCUGUGAAAUAGUUACAGCCUGGAAACUGGGCUAAGAAAAAGAAAUUAAAGGUACAAUAAACGAGCUGCAUUUCCUAAUCGAGUUUCCCUUUUGUACAUGCUGGUAUCUUUGGUACGUCAAGGGUUUUAGAUAAUGGAAUUUUAUCCAUGUAGGUUUUCAAGAUGAAGAGGCAAAGGGAGUUUUGUCCCGUCUCAAAGCUGGAAAACGAUAUGUGUCAACAGACUACAAGCUGCACAUCGCUACUGAGACUCCCUGUGUAGACCACUGCAGCAUGUAUGCACUUAGCAGCAAUGAAGCUGAGUACCGCGGGACAUGUUCACACCAACACAACAUUAACUGUGACCGUUGCAGCGACUUAAGGAAUGCUGUUUUAGAUAUUCAAGUCGCAGUGUCUGAGCUUCAAUUAAGGUACUACCUUACUGACCUCCAGAACAAAAUGUUAGAAUUUUCUCCAAUCUAAAUAUUUGUCUUUAUUUGUGACUGUUAUCUCCCUUUUCUUAAUUUUCUCAAGCAACGAUGAAAAGCGAGAGGAACUUCAGCAUGAUCUUGAGGCGGCAAUCCCAAAACUCGAUAUGUGGAAGUCACAUGUCAUAAGAUCUGUGCAUCAAGAUGCAGCCAAGACUGCCGUGGUUGAUGCCCUUACCGAAACUGAAGCAUUGCUGAUCAUGGACUGGGCCAUGAAGUUUUUACCAACAAGCUACCGAGAGACUCAGCGUGUUUGAUUUUGGAAAAAGGGACUACCUUGGCACAUAACCGUUGCCAUUACCAAAGAUGAAAACGAAGAAAUUGAGGUACCAUUUAUAUAAAUGUUACAAUCGAUUUAAACUAUACUUUAUUUUCCUUAAAAGAUAUAUCGGAAAUAAGACCAGAUGCUAAAAAAUAUUUAUCUGUCUUUCUGAGGUAUAACAGCUGAUUAAAACAAACAAAACGUUUGGAAAAGAAGAGAUUGUUUUGUAUUGUGAAAGACCCAUCUUCGGUUCCGGCCACAGCUGUAGGACGUAGUAAUUACGAUGUGGAAUAGUAAUUUCAUUGGGAACCCUCAGUUUUUAUCCACACAAUUUAAUGCAAUUUCUUUACAAAGAUAACUGCUGCUAUACAAGCCCCAGUGUUACUGAAUUUAAUAUUUUGUUUGUUUGAGAUUAAUUGAUUUUCUUUUACUCUUCAGACGCGCACCUACGUCCAUCUGUUUGAUGAGUGCAUUCAGAACUGGUUUGCAGUGGCCUCCAUUAUAGAAAAUACGUUAGAAACACUGAAAGCACUGAAGCCAAACCUCAACCAGGUAUAUCUUAGGUCCGACAACGCCGGCUGUUACCACUGUGCCUACCUUCUUCUGUCGCUCCCCAGUAUUGGUGAUCGUACCGGAGUCACGAUUGCAAGAUACGACUUCAGUGAGCCGCAGGCUGGUAAAGAUAUCUGCGAUCGUCGCACUGCUGCAAUUAAAAGCCACAUUCGACGCUUUCUUAAUGAAGGAAAUGAUGUCAAGUCGGCCAAUGACAUGAAAACCGCCAUUGAGUCUUAUGGAGGCAUCAAGGGCUGCUAUGCGGCUGUGUGUCUAGUUCAACCAUCUGCGCAGACGAUGAGCAAGCAUAAUAUGGCUGGGAUACAGUCGCUACAUAACUUCUCUUACGAGAAUGGAGGCAUAAGGGUGUGGCGAGCCUAUAACGUGGGUCCUGGAAAGUUUUAUAGUGCAGCUCAGCUUGCACGGUUUGGUACUCCGCAAGGUCCUACAAAGCUCGUCAUAAUUCAUCCUUUUGGCAGACCACAUGUAGAGGUGGGUACCUAUCGCCAGCAACGCGCUAUGCCUGCAAGAUCUUCGUCUUUGCCUGGGUCACAUCAAGAACCUCCUGAAUCCGCACAGGCAGACCAGGUAGGAGAGAAGGUUAUGUUUCAUUGUCAAGAGGAAGGGUGUAUCAAGACCUUCCAGUCUUUUGCGUCGCUCCAAAGGCACCUGGACGUUGGUACGCACAUGGUGAGACUGGUAAAGGAGUCCACCUAUGACGAGAUCAGGCGAAAAUGGGCGGAGGCAUGCCAUUCCCUGGGUGGUGGCUAUGUUUGGGGUAAUUCAGCUACCUUCGACUCCAGUGACCAAGCAAUGCCUGGCGAAGUCGUGGAGCUAGGAUGGGCUAUUCAGAAAAAUCGAAAACCGGUAGCCUUUUCCGAGAAAGCGAAGAGCUAUCUGGUAGACGUGUUUUGGGCCGGAGAGGAAACAGAAAAGAAGGCAAACGCCUCCUUUGUCGCCUCCAGAAUGAAGUCUUUGAGAGACGAGAACGGGCAGAAGAUGUUCACAAAGACCGACUGGUUGACAGAACAACAGAUUGCUCGAUACUUUAGCCGACUCUCCGCCCUCAAUAAGGCUGGUCGAUUACAGAGAACCCACUCUUCCUUAAUGAAUGAGGAUGAAGAGGCUGAUGCCGAUGAUCUUGUUGUAGAAGCCGAGGCUGUCCGGACAAGGCAGCAGAUAAGGAGGGACCUUGAACUUUAA